GCGCCGUGCGCGGCGCGGCUCUACUCGUAGUGAGGACGAGAGCCAUCUCUGAUCUCAUAACGCACAUCUCUCCACACCGCGACUCAUCGUUAUCCUCUCCUGACAACCUGAGACUCUCCGACCUAGGGCUAAUGCUGAACGUACUCAACAGAUAGUAGACGUCUCAUUGGACAUUGAACGACUGAACACGACGGCACAGGCCACAUGGCUGUGGCUGCCUCAAUCGGACACUCCAAGCGGACACUCUCUCACGCGGCCCGCACCGCCAUCCGGCAUGUUGACCACGAGUUCUCUCCCGACAGCUCUUCGAGCGGAUCGAGCCAGAAGUCCGUCUGCCGCGCCGAGAGCUUCGCCAGACACGUCUGGGGCUCAUUCGACCACAUGGGCGGCGGAGGCCCAGUCUCAGAGGCGGGAGCCUCCGUCCCCGUGCUGUUGUGAGGCCAACUGAUGCACCUCGGCGAAUCGGGCGACUGACUCUCAAGCGCGACAGCGUCGAGGCAUGCCUCGAGCAUACACAGCAUCUCGAGCUCGUCUCUGUCUUUGAUCCAGUCGCGCAGCUCCUGUGACGUCACUCCAAACUCGCGGCACGUCGGGCUGAUGCGAUACCAGACGGGGCGCGCACGCGCAGCGCGGACUGCACUCUUUCCGUCCUAUGGCGGCGAGAGUAUCGCUACGCCAGGGAGGACAAGGUCAAGGACGCUGCUGUUCGUUCGAG